AAACAGUUACGAUGUUGAACUUUAAACGUCUAGCAUAGUAAAAUGUAGAAAGACCAAAAAGGCUUUUUCUUUUCAAGUGAAAGCAGUAUUUGCAGGUAGAUUGGCAAAAGCUUACCAUAAAUGGGCUGAACACCGGAAAGAAAAAACGUAAACAAUGUGGGCAGGAUGAUGUAGCUUUUAUUAUAAAUAGGCAUGAACAGAAGUGCGUAAUUGAACUACGUAUGCGAAGAAAGUUUUGAAAGGAAAUUCCUUCGUAAUUUGAAUGUCGUCUUCUGCUAUUCACAGUGCGUCUUUACCUUAACUAUUCAAUGAUUUUACGUCUCUAUGGCGCAACAUAACCUAAAUCAAAUACCUUUUGCUCCUCCACUGCCUCCAGUAAUACCUGCAGUGAAUAUUGAUCCAAAAAUUGUUGAAGAAUUGCUCCAUAGCUGUCGUUCUGGCCUCGCUGAUAAGCUUGAAACAUUGAUGCCUGAGGUUGGAAAUGAAAUAAAUUUCAAGAAUGGUAGAUUAAAUGAAACUCUGCUACAUAUUGCAUCUAGAAAUGGACAUACAAGUUGCAUGAAAGUAUUACUUGAAAAUAAUGCUGAUGCAAACUGUAUAGACAGCAAGGGAAAGAAUGCUCUUCAUAUUGCUUCAGCUGCGGGCAACUUGGAAGCGUUAAAACUUCUUAUCAAACAUGGUGCAGAAUUAAAUAAACGUGAUAAGUAUGGCAGAGGAGGUUUACAUUGGGCAACAAUAUUCAAUCAUAUUGAAUGUGUCAAAGAACUAAUAAAUGCAAAAGCUGAAGUUGUAUGUGAAGGAAACUGGCAACCAUUGCAUGAAGCUGCAAAAGCUGGACAUAAUGAAAUCAUUAAAAUUCUGGUCGAUGCUGGUUGUGAUGUAAAGAAUCCCUCAAAAUUUCCUGGGCCAAGACGUCCGUGGUCACCAUUACAUGUUGCGUGUCGUCAAGGCAAGCUGGACACAGUGAAACUUUUGAUAGCGUCAGGAGCUAGUGUGAACACAAUUAAUGCUGGAGGACACACGCCCUUACACGAGGCAGCUUACAGAGGAUAUGAUGAAAUAUUAAUAGAAUUACUAAAGAAUGGCGCCAGGCCGAAUGCAAUUAGCAAUCAAAAAAGGACACCGUUACACGAGGCUUGUAUUCAAGGUAAACCAAAAGUGGCCGCUUUACUGCUGGACGCUGGUGCUAAUAUUCACGCCCAAGAUGUAGUAAUGAACACGUCCCUACACUACGUUGCAAGCGCUGAGUAUGCCAAAGAAAUCAAACUACAAUUGCUGGACAUUUUGCUGCGUUACGGCGCAAACUGCAUGAUAUUAGGAAAGGAUGAUGACACUUGUAUUGACGCUGCCAAUUCUAACUACUUUCUUGAUGGUAUUGAUCUCAUGAAAGAAAGUUUAGAAAUACCUCGUUGCCUGGCUUUGCUGUGCAAACUUAAAAUUCGUAAAAUCAUGUUCAAAAGAAUGGACGAUUUCCAUAAGUUGUAUCUGCCGCCUCCUUUGGUAAGAUAUGUUAUGGAAAUUGAAGGUUUUUAGUAGGACAACAAUGGAUUAAUAAGUGUACCUGCAAGUUAUACUUUUAUUUGGAAUACAAAUAUUAUUUUAAUUCGGAUGUCGACGUAAGAAAGAAACCGAGGAAUUGAUACCAAAGUCUCGUGUAUAGCUGAAUCUAUAUAUAUAACUAAUAUAUUUUCAAAACUAUUUUCUGAGUUGUAAAAAGGUUUUUAGCGAGGCAAUUAAUUAUUAACUGCAUGUGUAAAUUCGUCCAGUCUUGUUUGUUAGGCCUAGGUAAUACGUCGCAUUUUGGUGGCGUCGAAUGCAAUUCAAACAAUAGAUAAUGAGAUGAUAAACCUCCAUUAAGCUUCAUCAACAUCUUAUUAUCUAUUGUUUGAUUUAUUAUCUAUUGUAUGGUAUAACCAAAGCCUUAAGUUCGUUCGGUUCAUUUGGAUGUAUCAAUAAUUAGUAAAUGGGAAGGGGGGGGAGAUAGCUGAAAUGAAUGAAACUAUAGUUUGGAGGGAAUGGUUCACAUAUUCAUGUAAACAUACUCUAAAAUUAUUUCGACUCGGAUGAACCAGAUAUGGCUCAUAUGAGGACGAUUUUAUUUUUAAAUAUCUAUUUUAAAAAGUAGGUAAUUCCUGAUAUUUCAAGCAUUUUGAAAUAAAUCU